GAGCGGAGCGCCGAGCCGCACGGACCCCACCACGGCCCCACGGCGCCAAGCGCACGCGCCAGGCACGCUCGCCACGCGGUCGUGUGACUCGGCGAGCAGCGAGUCGCGCACUUCUUGUCCCGGUCACCCCCCGAUUUAGCGGCUCCUCUCGCGGUUUCCGCCUCCCCAUCAGGGCGGGCUCGUCCACCCUCGUCCUCGGCCGCGCCGCCCGCGCCGCCCGCGCCGCCCGCGUCCUCUCCCCGGGUCCUGCCCGCGGUCGACAUGCUUCGCUGCGGUCGGCGCCGAGGCCGCGCCCAGAGGCCGUCGUCGACGGGAACGUGCGGUCGCGGCUGAGAGAAGAGUCCAGGAUACAGGGAAGAGGAACAGGCGGUCCCCGCCGUCCAUCGGGUGCGGAGCAGCAGGUGCGCCACGGCCGCCAUGGACGAGCGGCAGCAUCAGCAGCAGCUGGAGCAGCAGCUGGAGCAGCGGCUCGGCCUGGGCGACGGUGAGCAGGUGCCCGCCGCCGUCAAGCAGCGCCGGGCGACCCUGGCCGUGCUCACGCCCGGCAUCGACCCGCCCAGCGACGAGGAGGCCGUGUCCGCGUCCUCCUCGCGGCGCAGCAGCCGAGCUGUUUCCGCGACCGUCCUCAAGAACGACCUGCUGCUCCACGAGGCCGUGAUCAAGAACGACCCCGAGGCGGUGCGCAAGAUCCUCAAGGAGCCCGUCGACGUCAACUGCAGGAACAAUAAGGAGCUGACGCUGCUCAUGUGCGGCGCGCGCAACAGCCGCCUGUCCGUCGUCAGCCUGAUCCUGGAGAGCCUGGAGGAGCCCAACCUGGAGGUGGUGGACGCCGAGCAGCAGACGGCGCUGUACCACGCGGCCAUGGGCGGCCACGCCCCCAUCCUCAGCGCCCUCAUCGAGGCGGGCGCGGACGCCAACACCAAGAACAAGGUGGGCCGGACGCCGCUGCACGUGGCGGCCGAGAAGGGCCACCUCGAGGCGGUGCGCGUGCUGCUGCAGCACGGCGCGGACGCCUCGGCGGGCGACCAGGACGGCAGCACGGCGCUGCACGUGGCCGCCGAGAACCAGCAGAGCGCCGUGGUCCAGGAGCUCCUCGGGCACGGCGUCGACCCGGACGCCGAGAACGUGCGCGGCCUCACGGCGCUGCACGUGGCCAGCGGGCUGGGCUGCCGCGGCAUCAUCGAGUCCUUGGUCCAGAGCGGCGCGCAGCUCAACAAGCAAACCAAGGACGGCAGUGCGCCCCUGCACAUGGCGUGCCUGCAGAACCAGCUCGUGGCGCUUGAGCUGCUCAUCGCCAAGGGCGCGGACAUCAACGCCCUGGACGUGCGGUUGCAGUCCCCGAUGCACAUCGCCGCCGAGCGCGGCUUCACGGACGCGUGUAAGAUGCUGCUGGCGGCGGGGGCCGUCAUCGACCAGAAGGAGCAGACUGGCAAGACGCCGCUCUACAUGGCGGCGAGGGGUUCGUUCACCGCCAUCGUGGACAUGAUCAUCAAGACGGCCCGGCUCGACUGCCCCGCCACGGAGGUGCCCGACUCGGCACCGCGGCUGCGGAAGUGGCGCCUGUCGGUGCGGGACAGCCGCGGCCCUCAGGUCACGGAGGCGCUGGCGCUGGGGGCGGGGGCGCUGGGGGCGGCGGGGGCGGGGCCGGGCAGGCCCGGGCCCGAGGAGGCAGCGCGCCUGCUCAAGAAGCUUGCCCACAAGCAGCUCAGCCCCAACGACUGGAGGAAACUUGCGCGCCACUGGAGGUUCACCGACGACCAAGUGCGGGCGAUCGAGCACCAGUACACGGGCCCAGCGAGUUACAAGGAGCACGGCCAUCGUGUGCUUCUUAUAUGGCAGCACAGCUUGGACCCCGAGUGCAACUUCCUUAGCGAGCUCGCCGACAGCCUGGCCGCCGUGGGCAACAACUCCGUGGCAGAGUCGCUGCGGAGAAAGAUGGAGGAAGCGGCCCCGGAGUCGGGGGACUUCCAUUUCCCCCGCUGCGCCCCCUGCGCCCUGACGUGAAGGGCUCGGGGGUCGAGGCGGGGGCGAGUCACCCGGAGCAGCGCCACGGUCACGGUGGGCGAAGCCGCAGCCGCAGCCGCAGCCGCCGACCGCCGAGCCAGUGCGGCGUGUGCCGCUGGUUCGCGGACGGCCGCAAGGGGCUUCCCGUCGACGAGGUGGAGGAGUGUCGAGCACAGCUCCUCGACCGCCUCCCCCGACCCGCGCGCCCGCGCCAGGGCCGCUCCGUGGACGACGGCCGCGAGGAGCAGCCCGUCGACGAGGACCGUCGCACGCAGUCCCUGGCCCGCCGCGCCGCGCGCAAGGGCCGGUCGGUGGACGACGGCAGCGAGGUCUCCUACGACGACGGCGCUCCGUUCCUGCCGCAGCCCGGACAGCGUCGCCGACGCGCCCGUCGCGCGCCCCCGGGACUCGGGCCGAACCAGGGCGAGCAGGCCCUGCGGCAGGUGCGCAGGUCGGCGAGCGGGCCGGCUGGCGUGCAGCAGGACGAGCACGACUCUGCUCAGGGACGCCGUCAGAGACGCCAGCGGAGACUAGAGUCCGCGUCGGCGCACGGCUGCGUCUUCUCCAGCGGCGACGAGUUGUGCGGUCGUCCAGCCUCGCCACCCAGCAGGCGCCGCUCCAGGCGGCGCGCCACGUCCUCCAGGGACCUCACGGGCGCGGCCGGCCGUCACCCUCCGUCCACGAGGGUGCAGGACAACCGCCCACAUGGCCCGGCCGCGAGUUCCAGCGGCCUGGAGCACGGCGCGGAGCGCAGGACUCGGUCUCUUCGGGACAGCGAGCUGGGCAGCCCGGCGCGUCGGGCGCGGUCCACCGGAGACUCUAGAGGCCGACGGACGGGGGCGGCUGGCCAGCUCCAGCGCCGCGCCGAGAGCGCCCAUGUCCUGCUGCCCAGCACCAGCUACCAGCUUCACUACCGCACGGGGCUGCUGUGAGGACGAGGCCGAGGCCCAGCCAGGAUGUCGGGAAUAAGGAACUCACAGGGACCAAGCGUGUCUCCCAACACAUUUUUAUUUUUCAUUAUUUUAGUGCUCCUCGCUCAUGGUUUUUUUUUAAAGUAUGAGGGAUUUCUAUUGGUUGUCGAAUCCUGCAACGCACGGCCACGCUGAGGUCGCGUCGCACUGAACUUGGACUAGCGAAGCGACUGAAGUGCAAGCGCAAGACCUGUCAAAGCUCGAGGGUAGUCACUCAGGAGAAAUGAGGGACAUGGAAGGAGUGGGGGUAGAAUUAUCCUGCUGCCCAUACGCAUGUUUUUUUCUUGUCGCUCUGUACUGCCUGAACUUAGGCUUUAGGUUGUCAGGUAUUACAUUUAGCAUGCCUGCGCACAUGCUGCUCAAAUUAAUUUUAAAACGCCUAAAUUGUUUAUUUUGUGUCCGUAUUACAUUACCACAACAAAUGUUUCGUUCCUACUGUAAAAACGCAAUUCUUUCGUAGAUAAUUCUUUUCUAAAAUUUGUCAAUUUAGUCUUUAAACAGCCACGCAUAAAACAUUCAUAAAAUCGUGUAUAUUUGUUAUUGAUUCAAGUUUGUAAUAUACACGGCAUGCCGUUCGUGUGAAAUAAUAAAGUAUAUUUAUGAACAGUU